AUGGACGUCGAGGGUGGCUGUGUCAAGGGGAUUAUUUCAGUUCUUCACAGAAACCAAGAUGGAAAGCAUCUUUAUGAAGUGGAGAACGUUAUAUUGUAUAAUAAAAGUGGGUUCACAAGCAAAGGAGACAAACUUCUAAUGAUCAAUGAUGUGGAGAUACAGGAUUUGGCACCAGAGGCACUGGCCGAGAUGUUGGCCAAAGGUUCACCUAUGCUGACCAUACACCAAUCAAACAUGGAUAAUCCAGCCAAGGAAUGCCAAGAGCCUGGAGACCUCCACGCCACAUCCAAAGAGGAAACUUUUCUACGCCUCAGCUUAGAAAUGUUCCGUGAGGAGGAUCUGGAGAAUGAUGGCGAGGAUGGAGAGAGCUCUGGUGUGGAGGAGGAGAGCGGGGACAAAGACAGUGGCAGCGCUGAAAAUGGGUCUGAUGAUGUUCUUAUAAUUGCCUUGAAAGAAACCAGCAUCUCUGUGGUAACAUCACGGGGCUGUGGUGAAGGGUGCCCAUUUGAGGACUGCGAAGGCAUAAAAUGCCAUUAUAGUGAUGUUGUCUUGUCUUCAAAUGAGGUGAUCUUAUCAAAAAUCACAAUUUACUCCUACCAGACAGAAGGUAUCUUGCCCAGUCCACAAACUCUCAAUAAGGGAUACAAAGGUAUUCCUGUUGUACUGAAUUUCACAGGCACUGAAGCCUUCCUCAGAUGUACCAAAGAGGGUGGAAGUCCAGUUGUGAGUGUUGAUAACUGUGAAAAAAGCAAACUGAGGUGCAUCUCCCAGGGUGCUGCAGAUGUGUGGCCCUUUGUUUUCUACAUGUCGAGUGAUCCGAGUGGCAAUCGUCGCUUUGAGUCAGCCAACUGUGAGGGUUGGUUCCUUAAAGCGGAAGAAGAAGAUCGCGUCAUACUUAAAAAUGCUCCCAAAGAUGAUUCUUUCUAUUUUUUAAUACAAAAUGUUAAGUAA